AUGGGAGCUUCUUCUAAGCAGGAUCGAUUGAAGGAUGUGAAGGUUAAGCCUCCUGAUAAAGGUGUGGUGGGUCGAUUUGUGCGAACUGAGGUUGAUUUAAGCGAUGUUAUUCCUCCUGGGGUUGUUGAUCAGUCUUCGGCUACUAUCUAUCGUACUCGACGAAAACCAAGUGCUACUGGAGCUGUUGUGUCGGGUAUUGGGAAAGCGGAGUGGAAAUUGGAGGGUUUGCAUAAAGCUAGGAAACCUAAUCGGGGCGAUUCUCUUCUCAGAACUCCCAUGGAUGCUGAGGAUUACUAUGUGGAUGAUGUUACAGAAGAAGAAAGGGAGGAUGCUUCGGAAUCUGAUGGUGUGUGGGAAUCCGAUUCUAGUGCUUCUAGGGUUGCUUGUCAAGCUUCGAUCAAGAGUUCUAGUUCCAAUGUUAUGGAUGAAGUGACCAAGGUUUUGCCUCCGAUCAUUCUAGAGGAUUCUAUUCCUUCAGGUAACACUGCAAAUUUAUCUAAGAAUUGGGAAAUUCCUAAGGAUGCGGUUGUGUUUUCUAGCCCUAAUUCUGAUGUUAAUCAUGUGAAGAGUCAUAUGAUUAAUGUUAGUCCUCCUAUUGCUGUUAGUAUUGAUUCUUCACCUGAGAUGAAUAAGAAUGGUGUUCAGGUUGAGGUUAUUGGUAUUUCUAUAAAGAGUAAGGAGAUGAAUGAAGAGGAAAAAGGGACGGAUGAUACAGAGAAUGAGUUUAUACCUGAUGAUAGUGGUAAUUUGGUGGUUGAUUCUGAUGUUGAUUUGAGUAAAGAAGAAGGGGAGAUCAAGGAUAAUAAUCCACAGAAUUUAAGCUCUGAUAUGCAUUUGUCUUUGAAGAAUACUGCCACGGUUAUUAAUAGCAUCAACCUGGAGCCUUCUAUUCUAGGUGAUGCUAGUAAGGGAAGGCAGGAUAUGGAUGCUUCUAAUUAUGAAGGAGAGAAAAUUUUGAUUGAUGUUAAGGAUAAAGUUGAUUCUGGUCAGAAGAUAUCAUAUGCUGGAGCUCUAAAUGGUAGAACUCAUAAAGGGAAGUUGCAAGUUAAGUUUAUUCCUCCGACUGAUGGAUCUGAUGAGGGGCCUGUUGUUUUGCCAAUUGAUAAUCUGAAGAAGGCUAGUAUUCCUUUUAUGAAUACCUUGUAUGGUUAUUUGCUUGACAAGAAGAUUGGGUUUCCAGUGAUUAGUGCAGAAGUUAGGAAAAUGUGGAAGAAUAUGGGUCUUGAAGAUGUUUUCAUGAAUAGUAAAGGUUUCUUAUUCUUUAAAUUCAACUCAGAACAAGGAAUGAGGCAGAUAUUAGAUAAUAGCCCUUGGAUUAUUCUCAAUAAAUAUUCCUUGUUUAUUCAGCGGUGGCGACCGGGGUUGGCUCUCACUAAGGAAUCCCAUAAAAGUGUUCCUGUUUGGAUCAAGAUUUUUGAUCUUCCAUUGGAAGCGUGGAGUGCUGAGAAUCUUUGCAUCAUUGCUAGUAAGAUUGGUAUUGCUUUGGCUUUUGAUUCUUUCACAGAAGAUAUGUGUAUUGAGCAUAAGGGGAGAAGUGCUUAUGCGAGGAUCCUAGUUGAUAUGUCGGCUGAUAAAAAGUGGAAAGAUAGUAUUGAUGUUGGUACUUGGGAUUUUGAUUUGGAUAAAGCUGUUAUUCAAAAUUUUGUUGUUGAAUAUGCGUGGCGACCUUCGCGUUGUUCCUCCUGUAAAGUAUAUGGGCAUGAUGAUUCUAUAUGUUUGAAUGUUAUAAAUGGGAAAAAUGUUGCUGUCAAGAGUGAUAUUCAGGAUGUGAUUGAUAAAGAUGGUGAGGGGUACACUAUGGUCACGAAAAAAGCUGGAAAUGCAGGGACUGCUGCUGUGAAGGGGUACGGUACAGGAAGCUAUAAUAGUUGUAAUAAGGGUAAUAAAGGCUGGAAUAACAGAAGUCAUAGUGGGAAUUGGAAUAGGGGGAGUGUUAGCCAUUGGAAUCAUCAAAAGAACCAGGAGUUUGUUGCUGCUAAUAAUAAACCUUUCAUUGUAGAUAAGCAGGGGCAUAAUGGGAAAGAGAGUGUGGAUUCUGGGAAAAAAGAGGAAAAAGUGGAGAAGGGAAAGGGUAUGAAGGGUAGCCAAAAGGAGAACAAUUUUGUUAAUACAGUGAAUCGGUUUGCUGUUUUAAGUGAUAUUACUAAUGAAAUUGUGGACAGGUUAGAGGAUGAUUUUAUGAGCCAGCGAGUUGAUUCUUCUAAGUCUGAUUCUGGUGGGCUGGAAAAUUCAAUUCAUAUUGAUCCAGGUCCGAGUUAUGUUAAUUCUCAUGGGGUUAAUUAUGUUAUUAACUCCAAAGGAGAUUCUAAAAUGAAGAAGUUACCCUCUGAAGUUAGUAAUAAGAAGUUGGAGGGUGAGGGAAUGGAAUGUUCUAAUCAGGUUCGUGAUGGGAUUAGUCCAAAAAAUAUGGUUAUCUCUCAUGAUGUGUGA